AUGGCCAAACAGCCUAAGAAGUCCCCGUACUUCCCCCAGAAGCGUCGAAAUGCCGCCUCUUGUCUCCCAUUUCCACCAAUAUCAGCCCGAUCCUUUGGCUUGAUCCAAGAGAAGCUCGCUCACAACCCCUUCCGACUGUUGAUCGCAACAAUCUUCCUUAAUCGAACCCGUGGCGAGGUUGCGAUACCGGUUCUAUACAGCGUUUUUGAGAGAUAUCCGACUGUCGCGGCCCUCGCAGAAGCGCAGGAAGAGGAUGUUGUCGGGAUGAUCCGUUGUCUGGGUUUCCAGAAUGCCCGUGCCCGCAAAUGUAUUGCCCUCGCAAAGCUCUGGGUUGAAAAUCCCCCCGUCAAAGGAAAAAGGUACAGGAAGCUCCAUUAUCCCAACAAAGGCGAUGGGCGUGAUAUCAAACCUGGAGAAUGCGUGGGUGAUGAUGACACCCGAAUCGCCUGGGAGAUCGCUCAUCUCCCCGGCCUGGGUUCGUAUGCCCUUGAUAGCUGGAGGAUAUUUUGUCGUGAUGAGCUGAGGGGUCUGGCGAGGGACUGGGAGGGCGUAGAGGCCCCUGAUGGAUUCGUGCCUGAAUGGAAAUCAGUGGUUCCCAAGGAUAAGGAGCUCCGCGGAUUCUUGACCUGGAUGUGGCUCAAGGAGGGUUGGGAAUGGGAAACGGAGACGGGCCGCAGAAGACGGGCGAGCAAGAAGCUUCGCCGUGCUGCUAUGCAGGGAAGCAUUGCCAUUGAAACAAACGGCAGUUGGAUUCUUGAAUCUUCGAUGGCGGAAACAUCAACUUAUUUUGAAAAGACUAUUCAGGAUAAAUGA